UCCCGUAACUUUAUUCAUGCUGGGUCGCUUUGGAGGAUGAUGUUGCAAAAUAUUUGAAGACCCUAAAAGAUUUUCCAUAGUUUUUGAACGAAUUUUUGCAGUGUUCCACUCUCAGGCAAAAACUCUGGGGAUAUUCGCCACACCGUGGAGGAGACUUUGUUUUCAAUGGACAGCAGAAUAAGUGCAUAAGGGUAACCUCAGCUACUAAUAUUUUUUGGUUUGUUAACAUUUUGGCAGAAAUAGGGAAAUCAGCAAGAAGUGACGGAAUCUGGGGUUAUUGUGGAUUUGUUGCCAAUAAUCUCCUAACCAAAUGCCGUGUGCUGAAUAGCUGAGUAUAUAAUUAAACGAUGAACUCGUUUGCCUUACCAUCAGUUUUGCAAAAGAGUCGAUGGUUUAUCCCUCAAAAAUCGAUUUUAAGGAGAACUGUUGCAACAUGCAAAGUUUUUCUUCAAAGGACUAGUAUAAUACUUGAUGGCUAUAAUAGGAAUGAAGAUGUUACUCAUGUAAACAAGAUUCCCACCAUUAAAGGCUUUGACAUUUUACGUAAUCCAAAACUGAACAAGAGUACAGCAUUUAGUAUUGCUGAACGUCAAAUUCUUGGCAUCCAUGGACUUUUGCCUCCUGCCGUUAACAGCCAAAGAGUUCAAAUGGACCGGGUUAUGAAACAACUUCGGACACUGCAAACUGAUCUACAAAGAUAUAUUCAACUUACACAGAUUUUAGCUCGAAAUGAAAGGCUCUUUUAUCAGCUAUUAAUGGAAUAUACAGAAGAGCUAAUGCCUAUUGUUUAUACUCCAACUGUGGGAUUGGCUUGUCAGCAGUAUGGUCUUAUAUUUAGGGAUCCAAGAGGAUUGUUCAUAACAAUAAACGAUUUAGGACAUGUAUACGAUAUUGUAUCAAACUGGCCUGAAAGACGUGUUCAGGCAGUUGUAAUGACAGACGGAGAAAGAAUUCUUGGACUUGGUGAUCUUGGUUGUAAUGGCAUGGGCAUUCCAAUUGGGAAGUUAGCACUAUACACAGCUUGUGGUGGCAUUCAUCCAUCAGCUUGUUUGCCUAUCAUGAUUGAUGUGGGUACAAAUAACGAGGAGUUACUAAAUGAUCCAAUGUACAUUGGACUGCGCCAGAAACGUGACAAUUCUGAAAGAUAUGAUGAAUUGAUCGAUGAAGUUAUUCAAGCCUUGCGAAAAAGGUUUGGUGCCCAUGUUUUAAUUCAAUACGAAGAUUUUGGUAGUCAUAAUUCAUUUCGAUUGCUGGAAAGAUAUCAAAAUAAAGUUUGCACUUUUAAUGAUGAUAUCCAAGGUACUGCUGCAGUUGCUCUUGGCGGUAUUCUGGCUAGCUUGAAAGUAAAUGGAAUGAAGUUAACAGAUCAUAAGUUUUUAUUCCUAGGAGCAGGAGGGGCUGCUUGUGGGAUUGCACAGUUGUUAGUCAAGGCUUUAAUAAAAUGUGGUUUAACUGAAUCCGAAGCCUGUAAGCACAUCUGGAUGUUUGAUAAAGAUGGACUGUUGACCAAGAACCGACAAGUCGGCGAAAUCACUUCUAGCAACCGGAUGUUCGCCCACGAUGCUGAAUAUAUGGAUGAUUUUGAGCAUGCUGUAAAGCAAUUAAAACCUACAGCACUGCUUGGUGUUGCGGGAGUUGGACAAGCCUUUACAAAGGAAAUAUGUCAACAGAUGACUCUCAAUUGUUCUGCACCAAUUAUAUUCGCUUUGAGCAACCCAACCACUCAUGCAGAAUGCACUGCAGAACAAGCUUACACUUGGACUGAUGGAAAGUGCAUCUUUGCAAGCGGUAGCCCGUUUGCAGAUGUUACUUUACCAGACGGUAAACAUUUUACACCGGGACAAGGAAACAAUGUGUACAUAUUUCCUGGCUUGGCGCUAGGUGUGAUAGCGACAGCAGCUCACAAAAUUUCAGAGGAAAUGUUUUUGACCGCAGCAGAGACGCUAGCAGAGCAAGUUACGGACCAAAAUCUUAAACAAGGAAGGGUGUUUCCACCACUGAAUAACAUCAAAGAGGUAUCCUUUGAGAUUGCUGUACGUGUGGCACAGUUAGCUUACGAGCAGGGCGUUGCAACUGUAAUGCCGGAACCGAAAAGUAAAGCAGACCUAGUGUCAUCUCUUAUUUACGAACCUGAUUACGAGAGCUAUAUACCUGCAACAUUCUCCUACCCAGAUAACCACGAAAACCACUAAAACGUCAUGUGUGAGGUUCCUCUCAUAGAAGGUGAUAUUCUCUUAUAUAUUCUUUAAUGGUACAUGAUAUAUUGCACGAAUUGUAGGUACAGUAGGUAUUAAUGCAAAAAAUUAAAAAAUAAUAAUUUAGUUAUGUUCGAAUUAUCAAACGUAAAUUACCCGGUUUUCUGAUACUGGGAUUGAUUGAAUAAGCAAGCAAGCACAGUAUUUAUUUUUUAUAUAAAGGGAAACAUAUAGAGAACUCUCUUAUAAGGACAAGUUCUUGAGGUAAAGGAAUUCUUGUUCGACAAGGAAUUUUGGGUAAAUAUAAAUUGGGGGGUAAGGGAGCAUCGUGGCCACCUAUUUUUUUUUUUGUUGCACAACUGAACGAGUUGUUCUCGGGUUUUUUUUCUUCAGAAAACGAGUUUGACAUAAUUUAUACUAGCUUUUUUCUUAAUUUCCUUUUUACACGUGUCGUCCAAUAUUGUGAUUAUUAGAAAAUUGACGAAAAUUUUCCUGAACCAUAUUAUAGUUGAAAAACAGUUUGCUUUAAAUGUAUUUAUUGAUAUAUUUAUUCUCCAUAUGCUUGUAGAAAGUUUAUCAGCAAUACAUACCUUAGGGAGUUAAUUUUCGCGAGAGAUUUGCCGUUUUGAAGAGCUUUUUAUGAAGACAUCAAAUAAAAAUGGUUUUUUUUGUAGUUAAGUACUGGAUAAUUUGAAAAGAAAAAAUUAGUGUAAACUGAGUUGGAAAGGGGAAAAAUUAAUUAUUUCCGUAUGGUAUGAACUGAUGUGUAUCGUUAAAAUAUUUCAAGGUGACACGAACACAGUUGGUCAACUAAGCAACUAAAAUGCUUCAGUCUUAAGUUUGAAAUUCUUAGUUUAAAAUUAAUAAAUAGUUAGGAGAUCUUAAAAUUUAUUAUGUAAUAUUUAACUUUUAUAUUACCAGAUUUAUCUUGCAUAAAAUUCUAUUAAU